ACAUGGCUACCCAGACCCAAAUUAUUUGUCAAAUGUUGUACAAGAGCUGGCCAACAAAGGAGUGACUUCUGAGACAAUCUCAGCAGAUGAGAAACGUAGCAUUGAAGAUUUUGAACAUCAUAUCAAAACUUUUGAACACUUUACUGACACUCAUUAA